UGUCGAGUAUUGGUGGGGGUAGUGAGCCUACCUCUCGUGUCAAACGGGUUGGACUUCGUGUGUCCGCCCGCAUACCAUUAGAUUUCCAUCGUUUUCAAUGAAAAUACAUGUGUACGGUAUUAUUAUAAAGUGAAAAAUAGUUCGUCUCAAUGGUUUUAGUUUACGUUUAUCUAAGCAUCAUUGUAAUCGUUUUGGCUGAGACUUCUAUUGACCAUUUGCGUAAACAAAGGAGGUAAAGGUCAUCGAGGACUAUCCAAAAGCUAGCGUGCGAAGGCCAACUAACUACGUUUCCUUUUAAGAGGCGCGCCAAUUUUCGCGCCUUUCUUGUCAUAAGAAGAGAAAGAGAAAGGGGUUAGGGAGGUGGAAAGAAGAAGAAAGAAAGAAAAGCAAGCUAUAGAGGGAAAGAAGAAAGAAGGAGAGAGAAGAGACGUUCGCAAUCGUCUGUGCAAAGAAAAAGUGAAAAAUUAUCGAAAGUGAUAUGUCGGCCCUUGAGAGUGCAUUGGAUGUCCUAUCCAGAGCGGCAACGAUGGUACAAGAAGAAGAGAUUCGUGAGAAUGGAUAACUCCAGUAGACGAUGAAUCGAUCGCAGCUCUAUCGAAGCAUAAAUCUGUGGCAACGACAGCCAUAGUCAUGCGGGUUGUCUGGCUAAAUGAUAAACAACCACUACGGUCUGACUUGAGAGAAGAUAUUUAUUUUUAAGGAGGACCAAAGUCAAUGGAUUUGCAUCGUAGGCAAAGCAGCACGAGGCGUAAAGAACGCCGAAUGGAUCCUAUUCAAAACGAAGCACUCGAUAUGUCUACGAAUAAAACCGUCACUACGACGUACCUCAGACCCAGUGUGAUUAUAUCUUCUACGUCGCAGCCUGUAAGGACAAAUAAUUGGGAUACGAUAAAUAGGUCUCAAUCAUCGUCGACGUCUGACACCGGUAAUGUUAGAAAAACGUGCAGUAUUUAUGAUUCUGCAAUAGACGAACAUUUUAAACGAUCGUUAGGUCCAGAAAAAUAUGCGGCAGUUUUUCAUGCUACCGGAGCCGAUAAAGAAGUCGGUUUGAGCGUUGACGAUCACUUUGCAAAAUCGUUGGGUGAUAAAUGGACAACAUUGAAGGAACCAGUGGAUCCAAGGACCUCGUCUAAUCACGUUUCAGUUCCCACGAGAGACAUCAAUUCGUUUCCUUCCUUUCACUGUUGCCCUUCUUGCGUUUUCCCCGAUAAAGUCGGGCCACCGUAAUGGAACUUCUUCGCUUUGAUUCGUUAUACGGAAGGGUAGAACUGUUAUACAUUACCCGUACACUAAAUAUUUUAGAGAAUGAAUUUUUCAUAUAGUGUAUAUAGUAGAAUAUUUUGAUAAGUCGCGUAUUUGUUGAAGUUAUUAUUUUCAUUGUUAACUCUCGUGCAAAAGUAAAAAAGUAUUUAUUAAACUUGUCGGUGAACGACUUGUAUAUGUAUUUAUGUAAAUAAUUGCAUAUAUUGCUCACGCACUUAGUGUAUAUCACAAUAUAUAUACUCAAACGUGUACACACACACACACACACACAGAGAGAAAGAGAGAGCAUAUGCAUACACAUUUACACACAGAUACAUAACUCUGACAACGAAAAAAGUAGUAUAUAAAAGGAGCACUGCACAAUUAAACGUACAAAUAAUAUACGUUUUAUCCGUCGUUAGAUUAAAUCACGAAUCGUAUGUUGGAGAGAUACAAUUUAGAAUAUACAAAAGAACAGUUUGUAUAUCUAUUGCUGACCUAUCAGGUAUUGUUCAAACAUUAAUCACGUUCGCGAUACAAAAUAAUGCUUCGUUAAUAGAUGCCGGAGGUUGUAGUUUUCUUCGUCAUACCCAAAAACUUGUCGUUUGAACGUCGAAAAUGUAGAUUAUUUAAAAGGAGGAGUACUGAUUUCAAAUGGUGCUAGGAAGUCCGACACAAACCCCAGCACACAUAGAAGUCAGUGCUUCUAUCCUUUUAUCCUUUACGAUGUUAUAUCUUCCUCAUAAAGAUAUAUUUUUUCAUAAAAACAGUAAUUUCUAACGAAAUGACACUCCUCACAAAUUCCAUAUCAUUUCCAUUUUAUAUCAUAACGCGAAAUAAAAGGAAAUGAUUGAAACGUUAUCGUCGUCGGGUUGUAUGUGAAUAAAUAAAUAAAUAUUCAUUUGAGUAGCUUUUAUAUA